CACUUCCAUUUCUUCAGUGUUGGAGCUUCAAUCGAGAAAUAUGAGGAAAGCUAUUUUAAUUUUACUCUUUGCAAUCGCAACGUGCGUCGUUGCUUUUCCACAACUUCCGCUCGAGGAGAAUGCGCUGGGCAGUGCGGUGGAUGUUACAGGCGAACUUCAACAGUUACCCACCGAUUCAGAAGAUUUGCUAAGAAUAGCCAGAACAGUCGGACAAGACCCCACAUGCAACUCAUCACAAAUGGACGAACGAAGAAAAAAAUUGUUAGGAUUGCUACCCGGACUUUUGACCAGACUUCUCGGAUCGCCGGGUAACGCACAGAACUUGGGACUUGUUCGACUAUUGCUUCUUCUUCUUUUGGGCUGAGGCUUGAAAUGUCAAUAACAGCAUUUAUCAAGAGUGCUACCCGGAUUGUAACAAAAAAAAUAUAGCGCAUUAUGUUCUA